GCUGCUCAGUCUCGGGCAUUUGGCUGCAUUUCCCCAGAGUGAUAUAACUCUCCCCCUCCAUUAACAACACAGCCACCAGUCGUCACAUCAAUCUGUUUCUGCAGACAAAAGCCUUUGGCCGUGGAGGUGCCACAGGCCGGUGUGUGACGGUGAAGUGAAUGGGAUCGAAACCCUGUAGAUCAAGGGUGACAGGCGGAUACGUGAGGGGGAAAUAAGUGGUGGAUUUAUGGCUUUGAAGUUAAAAUAAAAAAUAAAAUACAAAACUUUUUUUUUUUAAAACAUAUAAUUGAGUUAUUCAUUGGGGAUAAAUGGGGGAGGGCUUCACGUCUCAUUGUUGCAACCUUUUUUUAUGACGUAGAUCCAGUUGUUUUGGUCCCCCCCUGCCCAAUCGGAAGCUCCUUUUAUUCCGCCGGAGCCGAAAUGGAUCUAUUCCUGCUGCAGCUCCGUCCUCCCGUAAGGACCAGGACGUCCUUCACCGGGGGCUCCGCACCUGCCCGCCGCUGCUGCUCUGAACGGCAGCACUGACAUGGAAACCCCCUUACAGCUGCAAAACGAUUUUUUUCCACAGCAGCAGCAGUUCCAUCACUGUAAGUACCAGCACUACUGCGGACGGGAGGAUCGGCUCAGCAAGCAGCACGAGCAAUGCUGCACCUGCAAUAACUGCACCUGCGAUGCAAGAAAAAGCCUCGUCUUCCGCGGGACGUCGCCGACCACUGUGGGAACUUUGAAGACGCCUUCGGAGACGUCUUCGAGGCAAGGCUGCCAGUACAGCGUCUGCGAGUUCACGCCUUCUAGUCAUGGUAGUUCAUCCAGACAUCAUCAUCCUCACCGUCAGCAGCAGCAGCAGCAGCAGCAGCAUCGGCUGCGGGGCAGCCUGGGCAGCAGCCACAAAGACAGUAACUCCUACAAUGAAAUAGCCAUGAGCAGCUGCAGAUACAACGGCGGCGUCAUGCGGCCGCUGAGCAACUUGAGCUCGUCCCGCAGAAACAUACACGAGUUUGAUUCCGAGUCCCAGCCUUUGCAGCCCAUAUCAGCCGCGGAUGCGUCGGACACUUUAGUCUCCAAGCCGGAGAACAACUCCACCACCCUGAUGCCUUACGCAUCGGGAGACGGAGGGGGCGGCUGCGGCCACAGCAGCGGCAAAUCGGGGAAAAAGAAGAACCAGAACAUUGGGGAAAAGCUGGGGCACAGGAGGGCCUUGUUUGAGAAGAGGAAGCGGCUCAGCGACUAUGCUUUAAUCUUUGGGAUGUUUGGGAUCGUUGUUAUGGUUAUAGAGACUGAACUCUCAUGGGGAGCGUAUGGAAAGGAAUCCCUGUAUUCAUUAGCUCUAAAAUGCCUGAUAAGCCUUUCUACAAUCAUUCUCCUGGGGCUGAUCAUCAUAUACCAUGCAAGAGAAAUACAGCUCUUCAUGGUGGACAAUGCAGCUGAUGAUUGGAGGAUAGCCAUGACGUACGAACGGAUCUUCUUCAUCUGUCUGGAGAUCCUGGUCUGCGCCAUACACCCCAUCCCAGGGAACUACACCUUCACCUGGACGGCCCGUUUGGCCUACUCCUACGUCCCGUCCAGAACAGAUGCAGACGUGGACAUCAUUCUUUCCAUUCCCAUGUUCCUGCGGCUGUACCUCAUUGCUAGAGUGAUGCUGCUGCACAGCAAGCUCUUCACCGAUGCCUCGUCUCGUAGCAUUGGUGCCCUCAACAAGAUCAACUUUAACACACGCUUUGUGAUGAAGACCCUCAUGACCAUUUGUCCUGGCACUGUGCUGCUGGUUUUCACCAUCUCGCUGUGGAUCAUCGCUGCAUGGACAGUGAGAGCUUGUGAGAGGUACCAUGACAACCAAGAUAUAACCAGCAAUUUUCUUGGAGCCAUGUGGUUGAUCUCAAUCACGUUUCUAACCAUUGGAUAUGGGGAUAUGGUCCCACACACAUACUGUGGAAAAGGAGUCUGUCUCCUGACUGGCAUUAUGGGUGCUGGCUGCACUGCCUUGGUGGUGGCUGUUGUGGCGAAGAAAUUAGAACUAACCAAAGCUGAAAAGCAUGUCCACAAUUUCAUGAUGGACACCCAGCUAACGAAAAGAGUGAAAAACACAGCUGCGAAUGUUCUCAGGGAGACGUGGCUCAUCUACAAGAACACCAAACUGGUGAGGAAGAUGGACCACGCCAGAGUCAGGAAGCACCAGAGAAAAUUUCUCCAAGCCAUUCACCAAGCUCGAAAAUUGAGAAGUGUUAAAAUGGAGCAACGCAAGCUGAAUGACCAAGCAAACUCACUAGUGGACCUUGCUAAGACUCAAAACAUCAUGUAUGACAUGGUGUCGGACUUAAAUGAGCGAGGCGAGGACAUGGAGAAGAGGAUUGCGCUGCUAGAGACAAAGCUGGAGACUCUGCUGAGCAACUUGCAAGCUCUGCCUGGACUCAUCAGCCAGGUCAUCACCCAGCAGCACAGGGACUUCCUGGAGGGUCAGCUCCAGCCUUACGACAAACACAGCCCUGAGCGCUCACAGUCGGUGUCCCGAAGGAGGUCGUCCUCCACAGCACCACCCACCUCCUCAGAGAGCAGCUAAAGUCUAAGAGCAAAGCCUCCACUGAUGACUUUUGCCAUCAUAUGGCCAAGUUGCAUUUAUCGUAAAGCCUUAUGGUUUCAAUAAGUAUUAUCCAAAUUCUGAUGACAGAAUUGAGUUACUGGGGAUGAUGCAUUUUAAUGAGCAACUUCAUGCUGUUAUUGUUUUUAUUACCUCAAAAAGUUCUUUUCUCUGGUGACACGACUACAAAAAAAAGGCGCUUCCCUCAGUCAAAAACUAAAAGGCUUAUCAAUGGGGCUAUGACAUAACGUCUUCUCCAUCUCUAUGCAGAGGUAGCCGGUUCCAAGAGGUUCAGGUGCAAAACUACUGCACUAAAAUAGUGCUUCUCACAGACUUUAUGCUCUCGCUAGCUUGAUUUAGCUGCAGGGUUCCUCAAAGCAAAACAGAGAAAUCCGUAAGGGAACAUGUCAGAGACGAAGAGGAGACGACUCUGAAGAUCUGGAAUAAAGUCACAGCAGGAAGCUGGAGAAAAUGGCUCCACCACCCCAUCAGGUAGAGAUACCUUUAGAAAGCUUGAAAUAAUGGGGGCAAAAAACACUAAACUUUUAGGUUAGAAACAGAAUCAACUAUAGCUGUUUUAUUUUUCCCAGCGCCUCCUCUAGAAUGACUAUUUUUGGGGCGACAUGGCAAAUACUUUAAUCCUCAAGAGGAAAUGAAUGCAUCAAAAUCUGUACUUGCACUUAAUUUUUAUUCAAUGCACUUCAAUGCUGACUGAUAUAUGAUAUAAAGAUGUGUUACUCAUUAAAAGAAGAACAUGUGACAUGUU